AUGGUUUUUGGAGCGGUGCAGCUGCUUCUCGCCUCUGCGGUCUCGGCGUCUGCCACACAGAUCUGCGUGUUGGAGCCAAAGCAGCUCCGUCGCUGCCUCGAGGCCGCGGGUGCCCUCUUUGCCGCCUUCGGCCCGGAGGACCGGAUCCAAGGCCGCCUGCUCUGGCAGGGCCCGGGCUGCGAAAUUCCUGAAGGAAGCGAGAGAGGAGCAAUCCACCUGGUUCGCCGGGGAAGCUGCUCUUUCUCAACGAAAUCCGCGGCGGCGGCCAAGCGUGGGGCCAGCGCCGUGGUGGUGGUGGACUUUACCUCGGCAAGUGGGGACGGCGAGGCUGCCGACACCCUCGUGGUUGGAACGCAAGGCGGUGGAGGCCGAGUGCCGCUGCUGCUGCUCGGGAGCCGCGAUGCGCAGCCCCUUGUCGAGGCCGUGGAAGCAGGAGAGAGUGUGCAGAUCGAAGUUCAAGUCGGGAAGCCGGCCCGGAGCAUUGUGAUGGAUGUGUGGCUGCCCCCGGAUGCCGGAACUCUCCUCGCCAGCCUUGCGCCGGCAGCACGAGAGAUGUUUGGCCUGCGCGUCCGUGUGCACUUCCGCGUCGUAGCCGCUCCAGAGGAUGCGAGCCCUGCACUCGUGGCUCGUCAUUGUUUUGCUGGGCUACGAGAGCUUUGCGCGGCCCGUGUGCUGCAGCCCUGGCAGACGGCACCCGCCGCACCAUGGCUCCAUGAGGCCGUCUAUCAGCACUGCUUACUGCGUGGCUUUCCUCAAAGUUAUUGGUGGAAGUAUGUGGAGACUUCCAACUGCAGUGGCUCCGAGAGCUGCAGCCGCCGUAUGCUGUCAGAGAUUGGUCUCAGCACUCGGGAUGCCCUGGCGGUGCAGCGUUGUGCUGCAUCGAAUGCAGCGUCCUUUCUGGAGGAUGAUCGUGAAAGCGCACCUUGGGGAUCAGCGGAGGAGGUCGCCUUGCGAAUCAACGGUUGGCGCUACAGCGGGCCGCUGGAGGCACCGCGCAUUCUUCGCACAAUCUGUUGGCAGCUGGAGCCCAGCCCGGCCUGCCAGCGCCUUCUCACGAAGGACUCCAAUUCUGAGAGCGGUGUUCUCCUCUGGCAUCUGAUGGGCCUGUGCAUUUUAGCCUUCGCCGUGGGUGGCAUUUUCAAGGGCCCCGUGACGUGGUCGAUAAGGCGCUUGCUGCGCCAGCUGGGCCAUGCCUGCAAAGUGGCAUAG